CCGGGAGACUCAUAAAAUAGCUGUAUUUUAUGUGGCUGAGGGCCAAGAGGACAAACACUCUAUACUGACCAACACCGCGGGCAGCCAGGCGUACGAGGACUUUGUCUCCGGACUGGGCUGGGAGGUGGACCUCACCACCCACUGUGGCUUCAUGGGAGGCCUCCAGAGGAACCGCAGCACGGGCCAGACCACGCCUUACUAUGCCACCUCCACCACAGAGGUCAUCUACCACGUCUCCACCCGCAUGCCCCACGACCAGGACCACAACCUCACCAAGAAGGUAACGCAGAACCUUUCAGGAAAAGUAUAG